AUGGCAGCCACGAAGGAAGGUUUCCUGAUGAAGCAGACGUGGUCCUUCAACCGGUGGCGCCGACGGUACUUCCAGCUGAAGGGCCACAAGCUGUACUACGCUAAGGACCCCAAGCGCCAACAAGAAUAUUGGCGUAAGCCGUCACUAAGGAGCAACCAAGAGAGAGACGUGUGGGAGCAGCCUCCGCAGCCGCACCGACCUUGGGCGCUUCCGCUGUGCGACCGCAACCGGCCUGAAGCAAAGCGUUACCACGCGAAGCAGCGCGAUUUUCCGCACGCAACGCGCCGCGAAUGGGUGGUUGGCAAAGCCCAGUUAGCUUGUCUAUGCUUGAUGCGCGAAAAUAGUGCCACCGGGCAGUCCAAAAGCGUUCGAGAAGAAAAAAAUACGGAAUAG